AUGUAUCCAUUCCAAGACAUGGUACAAUCUUUUCAUCUUCCUCAACAAGGACCUACUGUGACAUCCUCUCCUACCGAAGUUCGUGCGUGGAUAGAAGGAUUGGAUUGUACUUUUCCAGUCUAUGGAGAAAAUUUUGAAAGAGCAGAAAUCAAUGGAGAGAAACUACUUAAUAUCACCCGGCAACAACUUAGUGAUCUUAGCAUAACCCGGACUGACCACCAGGACAUCAUAUUGAAAGCAGUUGCUAAUAUUUGUGAAAAGGACAAAGUUGAAAAGAAAGAUAUGCAAAGAGAAGAUCAGAAUGACAAAAAGAUGCCUACCAGAUUCAGAAAACAAAGUGAACAUGUUGAGCAUGCUAUUGAUCGUGUUCUUGUCAUGAUAUCGGAAAGAAGAAGGGCCCGUUCUCUACAUGGCACUAAUGAACAACCACCUCGUAACAUUCUUACAACUGUUCUUGAACUGAUUAAUAUGGUCAAGAUGAUACUAAACAUUCUGGAAAGGCCUCCAUUUGAUGGUAUGGCAGAAUUUUCCAGUUUGAAAAGCCACCUCAUUAAAUUUAUCACAUUACUGAAACAUUUCUCUGAACAGUCUGAUCUCAGCAAUGAAAUGGAAUCUGAUAUAAUAGAUGUGUGCAAGAAUGUGACUAAAAUCUGUCAUUACAUAGCUGCCCUUCCACCUGAUCUUAUAGGACGAGAAACAUGGAUUACAGAACUACUUACCUCUGAAGAAAAGCUAUCUAAGGUGCAAGUGCCAAUCGCCACUGAACCUGAAGUAAUGAGUUUCUCAGUAGAACAUGGACCUGACUGUGUGCCUCCAACUCAACAUCUAUCAAUGCCAAUAACUACAAUUAGUUCAUCAAGUGAACCUGUAUUUACACUUCAACAUGUGUCCCUUCCAAUUGAAAUAGCACCUGACAAAUUUGAAUAUUUUUCCCUAAAAAGGCUCAAUGCUCUAAGUAAUGAAAGAGCAGUUACGGUGUCACAUGAUGAAGGAAGCAAGUCCGAAACAGAAGCUUCAGACACAAAAAUUUCUGAAACUUCAGCUGGUUCUUUGGACUAUAAAAGUCUCCAGGACCUAACAAUAAUUGAAAAUGACACCCCGCCACUGGACUCUGGCUCUGAAAGAUGUGUGAUUGAUUCUGACUCUGAUAGAGGCAUUGGUUUGGAAUCUGACUUAGAAGAACACUUAAAAGACUCUGAGUCAGUAAUAUGGGGAAUGGACUCAGACUCAGAAAAAUGUCCCAUGGCCUCAAACUCAAUGAAAUACCUGCUAGAAGCAGAAAAAUGCCAGAUGGCUUCAGGAUCUUUGAAAGAUCUGAUAGAGUCAGAACAACAACUAGAGGGAAUUGAGCAAUCUCAGAUGGACUUUGACUCUUUGAAAUACUGGAUGGACUCAGAUUCAGAAAAAUACUUGGCAGACUCUGACUCUGAAAAAUAUGUGUUGAACUCUGACAAUGAAAGAUCAGAAAUGGAUUCAGAUACAGAAAAAUGUCCAAUUGCUUCUGCAUCUGUGAAACACCUGCUGAAGGCAGAAAAAUGCCAAAUCGCUUUAGAUUCUGUAAAACGCCUGAUAGAAUCUGAAAAAAGACUGAUGGAGACCAAACAAAGUUGGAUGCUCUCUGAUUCUAAGAGGGAUGUGAUGGACUCAGACAUGGAUAGGUAUGGAAUGGACUCAGCAUCUGCAUCUGAGGUGCAUCUAAUGGGGGAAGAAAAACACCAGGAAAAGAUUAGAUCUAAGAGACAUAGGACAGACUCUGAUUCUGAACCAUGUGAGAUGGACUCAGGCUCAGAAAGAUAUGGGCCAGCCUCAGCAGCUGUGGAACGUGUCAUGGAUGCCAGCACUGACAUUGAGGGGCACUGGAUGGAUUCUUGGUCUGAAAAGCGUACAAUGGACUUAGAUUCUGAAAGCCUGGGGAUAGUCUCUGAUUCUACAAAACACAUGAUGAAGGUUGAAGAUUGCCAAAAGGCCUCUGACUUGGAAGGAUUAUGGAUGGGCUUCAGGUUUGAAUCUAAAAGAUGCUUGGCUGUCUCUGAAAGACAAAAAUUGGACUUUGACUCUGAUAGUUGUCAGGAUAGCUCUAGAAAAUCUCACUUUAGGUCUGAAAGACUUCAGCAUAUCUCUGAAAAAUAUAGAGAUGAUCUUCAAAAAAAUGAGUUUGAAAGUGAAACACACAUGAUGGAGAUGGAGAAGGAACAGUGUUUGAUAUUUGAAAAUAAGAGACUUCAAAUGGAUGAAGAGAUGAAAAGAUCUCUCAUGUGGUCUGACAGUGAACAAGAGCACAAGAUUGUAUCUGACAAUGAAAGACACCACAUUGACUCAGAAAAUGAAGCACAAAGGCUAGGUGCUCGCAAGAAGGGUAAUCGUCCUCAGGGUUUUUGGAGGCCUGUUUUCCCGUCACCACCAUUUAGCCAAAGAAAGGAAACUAAAGAACAAAAUACUGUACGACAAAUUGAUAACAAAGCAGUAUCCACAAUUCAACUUGUAAAAUAUCUGAGUGAUGACAAGAGUGUGAGAUCUAAAGAGCUAUCUUCAAAGUUCAGUGACAACCAAAAAUCACAGAAAAAGUUAAAGCAAAAGCACAGACACAGCCUUUCUCCAAUCCCAAACAUAGUCAUGGAUACCAAGCAUCACAGAAAUGUCAGGCACAAAACUUCAGUAUGUAAAAUUCCUUGUAAGGACUACAGAUUCCCACAAAGUUUUCAGAGUUCCCAGUCUCAAAUGAAUCCUAUUCCUCCUUUAAAUGUUGAAGAUUAUACCUCUGAAGACUUAGCAUCUCUCUGCCAUCCUAUGUCCAUGAGCCCUUGGCCUGAUGUAUGCCCCAAGACUCACAGAAGCAACACAUAUUCUUUGGACACUGGAGCUCCUAUAUGUUCCAAAUGUUUCAUGGAAAUCAAUAAUUCUUUUCAUAAAUGUCUUGUAAAUUCUGAUGAUGAUUCAGACCCUGACUAUACUUUACAUCUCCAAAUUCCCUUGGAUUCUAAAUAUUCUCUGAGCCCCAAAUCUAUUAGACAUCGUAAGACUUCUCGGAAUAACCCUUUAUCUCGAUCCCUGGAUCCUAAACAUCCUGUGGGCAUCCACUGUCCUUUACAUCGAGAGGAUUCUAAAUAUUCCUUGGGUUCAACUUCUUAUUUACAUUGUGAAAGUUGCUCAGCUCUUCAAAAUCUCAUAGGCUGUACUGUUACCAGUACCUUUCCUAUGAAUCCUCAAAAUACCCUGGGCUACCAUAGUACCCCUGUCUCAGAGAGUGUUACUGACACCAGUAAUGUUCCUGGCCUUGAAAAUGAGGGCAAGUUUAACCUUACCACUAAACUUGAAAAUGAGGCCAAUCCUGACAAUGAAAUUAAAUUAAUCAGUGCUGGAAAUCUCAACGAUAAGGCCAAUGGCAAAGAGAAGCCUCUUCUCAAAGAUGAGACAGACCAUGAAGAAGAGACAGACUCUGAAGAUGAAAAAGAUCCUGAAGAUGAAGUAGAUUCUGAGGAUGAUAACACCACCAAAGAUAAGAAAGAUCCCAAAGAUAAGUCUGACCCUGAUGACAAUGAUCCCAAAGAUAGCAAUGCUGAAAAAGAUGCAGACACAGACAAUGGAUCUGAUCCCAGUGGUGAUGUUGACCCUACAAGUGGAGCUGAUUCCAACAGUGAUGUAGAAGCUGAACCACCAAAUGUUGUGAAGUUUGCUGUAUCAUCAGGUGCUGUGAAUCAUUUUUUAAGCUCAACCUCCAGACAGGUAGCAGACAAAACCUUGACCCUUGAUUAGUGAAAAGAAUACCUUGAGAUGGAAAAGACAAAGGCACAGCCAAGAAGGUUCUGAGGAUAUGAGCAAAUAACUUCAAAACUUGCAGAGAUCCCUGAGCAAUGUUUAUUAUAUGUUUAUUCUCUUGUCCCUUCCUCAUUACAUGACCUUGUCUUUAUUGCCCAUGAGACCAAGAAUGUUGCUUCAAAAUGCCACGUUACA